AUGAUGAUACAUGCAACAAGUGGAGAAGGACUGAUGAACAAAACAGCAGAUGAGGCUUUUACUCUCUUUGAAUAUUUGAGUGCUAACUCUCAACAAUGGAGCCACAAUAACGGAAGAGGAUCUCCUAUGAAAGCUGUGGUCUAUGAGGCAGUGACUAGCCCUCUAGGAAACAAGGUGGAAGUUCAAGCAAGGAAUUCCCCUCAAGCACGUGCUAGAACAAGACCUCCCCCAAGAUUUCAAAUACAACAAAGGCAAUUCCAGCAAGCUCCCCAACGAGUGCAAGAGCAAAGGGGUGACCAAAUAGGAGAAUUGCAAGACAUGUUCAAGAAUUUCAUGGGGCAACAGAUGCAAACCAAUCAGAAUCUUCAAAAUCCAGUGAACAAGCUAGAAGUGCAAGUUGGGCAGAUUGCAUCCUUCUUGAGCAAUAGAGCAUCCGAAACAUUUCCAAGCCAAACGGAGGUGAAUCCAAGGCAUCAAGAGCAUGCUAAAGCAGUACACAUCUUGAGAAGUGGUAAACAAGUUGAUAAUAAGGUUGGAGAUGCCAAUGAAGAGCAAGAAGAUGGAGAAAACGUGGAGAUCAUUCAACCACCACAUGGGCAGCCCACAGGUUCCACCAAAUAG